CUUUCAAACGAGUGAUAGGUGAAGAAUAUAAUUCCAUUUGAUUUACAUGUCAGGUUUGAGUUUUUUGGCGAAAUGAACCCAUCGUAAAGACAUUUGAAUCGGCUUUCAGUAACGGCAAAAUGUAAAGUACGUCAUUAAUAUGGCGCCAAAAGAGUUUAAAGUAGGAGCUUAUGUUUGUUGUGAGGUUGCAGAACCCUCGCACAAGAGGGAGAACAUGAGCGGGCAAGAGGGGAAGCGAAUGGGCAGGCGACUGGGUUUUUCCGGCAGAGCGUCUCGAAACUAGCUUGCAACAUUUCAUUCCAUGAAAAUGAAGCACACAUAUAUAUUUUUUCUUCUCCCCUACUGGAUCUGAAAACACACUCACGUGACAAAUCGGGACCUGGGGGAUAUAUCACAUUGGACUAUUUUCAAAUGCGACAUGGCUUUGAAAAUGAGAUUUGUUAGCUUACCUUGCUAUACCCGGCAUAGCUUUAGCUUACAUUAGAACUGACUUGCUGGCUGCAGCUCGAGGCUAUCUUGCAAGCCGUUAGACAAUUUGGAUUUACGGAUGAUACUCCUAAAGUCUGCUAAAGGUAGCUAACAGUUAGCUACAUUUAACUGUAUUUAGCUGAUAACUGCGAAGGCGGCCAUCGCAGUUUUGUGUAAUAAUGUUAUGCUGCCGGAUAUACUUUAUAAUGGAUUAAAUUUGUAAAUUGCUACUUUUUAUUUGGACUCUUGGGAGAGCAUCUGAUCGACGUGCUGUCACCACAGCCUCGCAGGCACGUCCUGUCACCAACGUGGAUAGUCGGUGGGCUAACGUUAACUAGCUAACUAGCUAGGGUAGUUGCACUGGAAUUUGACCACCGUGAAAUUCACUGUCACUACAUGUGGUUAACUUCAAAUGAUUUCGUGAUUUCUCAUCGUCCAGAGUCGAGGACGUUUUCGCCAUCGGAAGCUGACUGCAAUCAAGGUAAAAAGAUGGAGAGUGAGAAGAAGAGAAGAAAAUACUCCACCAGCAGCAAUGACUCGGACACCACUGACAGUCAUGUGACCUCCUGGUCCAGGUCCUCCAAGAAUACAGGGACCAGCAGCACCUGGGUCAGACAGGAGCACAAGAAACCGUCUGAGGUGUUCCGGACGGACUUCAUCACGGCCAUGAAGCUGCCAGACUCGGCCCAGCUGGGCCCUGAUGACUUCUACGUGCUGUCUGACCCCUGGAGACAGGAGUGGGAGAAGGGGGUCCAGGUCCCCGCCAGCGUAGACGCCAUCCCAGAACCUGUCGUCAGGAUGCUACCGGAGGUGGGCCGUAUCCCGUUCUACUGGCCUGUGCAGGGCCAAGGCCGGGGCUGUGUGCUGGGGCUGAGCCAGAGGGACAUGAAGACCACCGAUGAGCCCCACAGUCGCUAUGACCUGGAUGACAUGGACGUGUCCUGGCUGGAGCUGGUCAACCAGGAGUUCAGGGAACUGGCGCUGCCGGAGCUGGACGAGCUGACCAUGGAGCGUGUUCUGGUGGAGCUGGAGAGCCAGUGUGAGGAGAACAUGCAGCAGGCCAUAGAGACGGAGGAGGGUCUGGGCAUCGAGUACGAUGAGGACGUGGUGUGCGACGUGUGCCGGUCCCCCGAGGGAGAAGACGGCAACGAGAUGGUCUUCUGUGACAAGUGCAACAUCUGCGUACAUCAGGCGUGUUAUGGGAUCCUGAAGGUCCCACAGGGGAACUGGCUGUGCCGAACCUGCGCCCUGGGGGUGCAACCCAAAUGUCUGCUGUGCCCCAAGAGAGGCGGAGCCCUGAAGCCCACCCGCAGUGGAACCAAGUGGGUCCACGUCAGCUGUGCCUUAUGGAUCCCCGAGGUGAGUAUAGGCUGCCCGGAGAAGAUGGAGCCCAUUACCAAGGUGUCCCACAUCCCCUCCAGCCGCUGGGCCCUGUUCUGCAGCCUGUGUCGAGAACACACAGGCACCUGCAUACAGUGCUCCAUGCCGUCCUGCAUUGUGGCCUUCCAUGUGACCUGCGCCUUUGACCAUGGCCUUGAGAUGCGCACCAUCCUGGCAGAGAACGAUGAAGUGCGCUUCAAAUCCUACUGCCUGGAGCACAGUAGCACUACCGCCCCUGGCAACAGUAACAACGCCAUGGCCGGCAACAGUAACCACACCAACAGCGCUGGUGCCAGCAGCAAACCAGACUGGGCUGGACACGGCAACGACCACAGAGCCUCCGUAACUGCGCCGGACCACCACCAAGCGACCAGCGAGCGGCCGCCGGCAGAGCGUCCAGACCGGGACCAGAUAGAGCGGGAGAAGGCUAGCCAGCGCAAACAGAAGCUACAGGAGCUGGAGGACGAGUUCUACCGCCUGGUGGACCCCAAAGACGUGGCGGAGAACCUGGGCCUGCCGGACGCCCACGUGGAUUUUCUGUACCAGUUCUGGAAGCUGAGGAGGAAGUCCAACUUCAACCGUCCUCUGGUGACGUUGAAGAGAGACGAGGUCGAUAACCUGGCGCAGCAGGAGCAGGACGUGCUGUACCGACGCCUCAAACUGUUCACACACCUACGCCAGGACCUAGAGAGGGUGAGGAACCUGUGCUACAUGGUCACGCGGAGGGAGAAGAUGAAGAGUUCCCUGUGUGACCUCCAGGAGAAGAUUUUCCACCUGCAGAUCCAGCUGCUGGAGGAGGACCUAGCUGGAGAGGAAACCAUGAAGGGCCAUAAGGGAAGACAGAACGGCGUGAAGGAGAAGGGGAAGGAGCGGCGGAAAAGCAGUCCGGAGAAGAAGAAAGAGAGGUGGAAGUCUGACAACGGCUCCCUCCUCAAACAGCUAGGUUUCCCCAAGACCUUCCCUCUGGACAACUCGCUGUUUGACAGCUGGCUGGCCCAGUCGGUGCAGAUCACGGCUGACGACAUGCUGAGCCAGUGGGCCCUGGACGCCGGGCAGCACCGUGACAAGACGGCCAGCUUGCUGUCUGACCAGCUGCUGCAGGGAGAGGAGAGCCUGCUCAGCCUUAUGAUGGACCACUCCAUGAAGUCCACCUGGAAAACCCCUCAGCUGGGCCGCAAGACCCGGGGCAAGCCCAGAGCCCGGGCCCAACACUCCCCCGCCGCAGCAACCACCCCGCCUUCUGCCACUGCUGUCAGUCCCGCUGCUGCUGCCACCGCCUCUUCCACAGCCACAGCCAAGGGGACUCUGCUGGCAGAUGACAGGCCAGGCCACGGGGCCCGUAGAGGGGAGAGGUCCCGGGGCUCCAAGGCUCUCCACCACCACCACCACCACCCCCAGACCAGGAGCACUGAGGCACCACUGGACCCGCCGCCGCAGCCGCCCACCUCCAAAAUGGACUCCUGUCACAUCUCGGAGGAGCGCGGCCCCUGGGACAGCCUCACUGGUACAGGGGCAGCGUCCGCCCCCACGCCGGCCCCUCUGGCCUCCUGCUCCCCCACACAGCCCUGCAUUAGUCCCGGGACAGUGCCUGAGGGGAGGUCAGGGGGGGGUCUCGGUCACCGCACGGCCCUGCGUCUCCGCCUGCCCCGGCAGGGUAAGUCCCGGGGGAAGGGCGGGGGUGGAGGGGGGAAGGAGGUGGUAGAGCGUCCCCUGGAGAGAGAGAGGGACCCCCACCCAGUGAAGGAGACGUCGUCGCUGCUGGACCCCGAGACGGAUGGCUACUUCUCUGACGCCGAGCAGAGCGACUCGGACACGCACUCCAGCGGCCGCAAGCUCCGCCUGGCCCAGUUGCAUUCUGGGAGCGAGGACCUGCUGAGGAGGAGCGUGCUGGCGUUGUAGAAAAAAAACUGAGACGCUCUCUCACACACACACACACACACACUCACACACCAUCGUCCAGAAGACACACUGAUUUCUCAGACUGACCGGAGCUCCAUCCCAGCUCCCGCUACCAUGGCUACUGUCUGUCUGUCUGUCCGUCUGUGCUUUUGAUAUUAUACAUGCCGUUCUUUUCUCUCUAGAUCGCUUUAAUGAACCAAAUCUCUGUACUUCACUAGUCCUAAAUCAGUCUCUCUGCUCUGUUCUGGGGAUUUGAACGUAGCUGUUAGUCAGAUAGCUACAUACACAACGAGACCCUAGAUGUUAGUAGUGCUUGUUAAAGUAACAAAUGCUGUAUGAUGACGUAAGAAGACAAAGAGGAAAUGGAUUUUGGACAAUGUUACAUUUGAGGUUUUAUUUUGAAGUAUAGCAUGGCGGUGAUCCAUGCCAUCAACCCUUCCUAGUGGUGUGGUCAGUGGUGACUAAGCCGCUAGCAUUGGGGUGAAUACUUUGUGGGCAUUAUAAGCUGGUUCAGACGAAUCUCUUCCUUUCUCUUGACGUAAGAUGGAUCCCGCGAGGCGAUUCCUGGGAUCUGAUGUUUUUAAAAAGCCUUUCAGUUCAGCAUCAUUCUGAGAAAUGUACAGAAAAUAUCAAACAAAUAUUAGCCUUUUAAAAGCACAAAUAGCUAACGGGAACUGUAACACAAACAUUGUGGCAUAAACACGCACACUCUUUCAGACAUGCACACCAGACACAUUACACACACACGCACACCAGACACAUUACACACACACACACACACACACACAUACUCUAAACGACUCUGUCUGCAUCCAGCCGUUGUAGAAACACACUGGUUGAUAAUUACGUCAGCUCUUCACUGACUCCUCCCUCAUCUUCCGUUUGGGCCUGAAUCAUUGGAGAAACAGUAUUUUAUUGUGUGCCUUCUGUCGCUCCCCCAAAAUAAGUUUAUCAAUCACUUCUAUAAUCAGAUUUGUUACAAUCAAAAAAGGAACAUCUGUUGUAUUGGCCAUCAAGCGUACUGAAACAGAGGGCUUCUCGGACCUUAAUUGUAGUGCCUAAAAAAGAUAUGUAAAUGCAGCUUUUGCCAUUUAAUCAACCCAACCGCAUGCAAAGCCACACAGUUCUACCAUAUUUGUGCAAAGUGCUGCCCCAACAAAGCAACUUCUGGAGUCGUUGUUGCUCCAUUCAGACGAAUCGUAUAGUCAGCUACAGCACAGAGUUCUGGAUUCUGACUACUUUUUUGAGUUCUUUGUAAAUUAAUGUUUUUUUUUUUUUUUUUCGUCUCAGAGUUGUAUUUUGUACUAAAAAGCGGUCCACAGUAUUUUCUCAGGGUUUAAAAAAAAAAAAAAAAAAAUCUAAUAAAAAAAAUGUUUUUGACGGCGACGAAAAGAAGGGUUGAAAAUGUAUUGAAAUCAAAGUUAAUCCGUAAAUAUAUAAAACCAUAUACAGCCUUUUCUACAUAUGAUGGGUAUGUAUAGAAAAGGUUCCUUUGGCAAUGCUCACUGUUUAAACUCUGACUACUACUGUGCUGAGAGCUUUUCUCAUGUCUCAGUCAGUACACUACUACUACCCACCUGGCUGUCUCCUGAGUUGAUAAUGCCAAAGAACAGUGUGUAUAACAGACAGGGCACCAUGCACUUACUCUGUCUGCGUCCCAAAAUGGCACCCUAUUCCCUGCUUAGUGCAUAAGGUGCCAUUUGUGACGCAGCCUCACUUGGGAGUUGUGCAUUGCUCAGGCCUGCGCUGGCAUGGUGUGACUCGGCCUUUUUAAAGGGGGUGGGGGGGGGGGGGGCGUCCUGACACCCACCACCACUAUUCCACCUUGGACUCUCCCAUUCCCUGCUCCCACAAGUGUGUUACUUACUGGCCCUCUGUGCCACUGACCUACUCUGGAUGGAGUGGCCUACGUCCCCGUCCCCCAACCUGGAGAGAGUUGAAUGCUGCUGAACCGUGUGUGGAUGGGCGGCUGAUGGCUGAGCCCGCUGACAACCCCCAGCGCUGGUAUAACAGGGUCGUAAUAUAGAAGAUGACUCGUUUUGUAUGUUUGUUUUCCUGUCCCAGAGGGGACAUAAGGAUUCAGGAUGAAACUUCCUAAAGCAGCGUAUUGGUCAGGUGACACUGUCUGUCUACAGCCAGUCUGGCUCCUUCCUUUCCAUCCACCGUAACCCUUGGAGGCAGACCAUUACAACCAUAGAAACAGAAUGAGUAGCACAUUAUUCAUUCGUAUUCUACAAUCACAAUACCAUAAGAACAACAGUGCUCAUCGUUGUCUGCAGAUAGGGGUGGGUGAGUGGGGUUCAGCACUGUAGCAAAACCCACAGAAUCCACCCCACCACCUAACCAUUUACGUGUUGCUAAGACAAUGAAAUGUAAACUUGGUUUCAAUAUUCAAUAUAUACACAGAUUUAGACUAGGCUGUGUUUUAGAUGGGACCCUUCAUAUACGGCCCCCAACGUAGUAGAAAACAGGUUGUUAUUAUUAUUAUUGGAGAGGGGUGUCUACGCCCUCUUCCUCCGCUUCUUUUCAGAAACAGUAGGCUGGAGUUCUAGUGAGGUAUUUCGGUCCAGCAGGCAGCAGGUGACAGCACUUUUCAUGCAGACGUAUGGAUGGAUGGUAUUAUCCUAGAGUAUGGAUGGAUGUUAUUAUCCUACAGAGUAUGGAUGGAUGGUAUUAUCCUACAGAGUAUGGAUGGAUGGUAUUAUCCUACAGAGUAUGGAUGGAUGGUAUUAUUAUUAUUAUCCUCCCCAAGCAGGGUUUCUUUGCCCCAUUCCCGACGACCCACCUGGUUUGCAUGUUUUAUUCCAGCCCUACACUAACGCCCAUUAUUCUGCUAAUCAAAUUGAUGAUCAGUUGAAUAGGUUGCGUUAGUGCUGGGCUGGAACAAAACGUGCAUUCAGACGGCGGGGCGGGUCCCCUGGAAUUGGGUUGAGAAAUGCUGCUUUGGCGUUUGCUGUGGAUGAAUGUCCUCGUGCUGUCUCCGUACCACCCAGCUGCUGCUGCUGUUGUCUGUAGCGCGACAAAGCCGUCGGCACACUAACAACACAACGGCGACGUCAUUGAAAAGGAUCUCCUCUUCUGUGUUAGUUGCUUUAUCCCUUAGGGAACUGGUUCACGGCUGUAGUAGUUUGACUGCCGUUUACUUAUGUUUGUUUAUUUUUAUGCACCAACAAUAAUGUAGAAUACUGUACUAGAAACCCUUUUUGUUUCCGUGUUAAAAGCCUUCGCAAGCUGUUUUUGUAACGCUUCAGCCGCGGCUCAUAUAACUAGAAUGCUGACUCAUAAUCAGACCGACUGCUUCCUUACUAGCGCUUCUCCGACCGUCGACUGACUGCUUCCACACUGGGAAGUAUGGUUCCAAUCCAACACCCGCCCCGCAGACCAGUGCUCUGUCUCACUUCCCUCCCCUUCUUCAGUGUUUCCGACGGCCCGCCUCAGCUCCUUCAGGGUUUUGAAGCAUGGGCGGGUCAAAGGAAGAAGCUUUCAGGACAAAUAAUGACGUGCAUGUGUUGUGUAAUGGAGAGAGCGUUUGUCACUGCUACCGCUCUGGGCAGAAGAGGGGGAGAGAGAGAGAGAGAGAGAGGACAGUUUGUUCUUUCCUCUUAGUGUUUGCACCCUGUCCACAGUGAACUUAACAGACAGGGAAUCUAAACAACACCCCUCCCUCUCUCUCUCUCUGUCCCUCCCUCCCUCUGUCCCUCCCUCCCUCUCUGUCCCUCCCUCCCUCUCUGUCCCUCCCUCCCUCUCUGUCCCUCCCUCCCUCUGUCCCUCCCUCGCUCUCUGUCCCUCCCUCGCUCUCUGUCCCUCCCUCGCUCUCUGUCCCUCCCUCCCUCUCUGUCCCUCCCUCCCUCUCUGUCCCUCUCUGUCCCUCUCUCUGUCCCUCUCUGUCCCUCCCUCUGUCCCUCUCUGUCCCUCCCUCUGUCCCUCUCUGUCCCUCCCUCUGUCCCUCCCUCUCUCCCUCCCUCUCUGUCCCUCCCUCCCUCCCUGUCCCUCCCUCCCUCCCUGUCCCUCCCUCCCUCUCUGUCUCACUCUCUCUGUCCCUCCCUCUGUGGGGUUCACAAACGUAAAGAGCAAACACUUCUCUGUUUUCACUGGAGCUGGGGAUUAUUUACUUUCUCUGGUCUCUGUUUUAUAUGCAGAACCAGAGAAGUUGAUUUGAUAGGUGGGAACUGCAUAGCCAGUAGUGAGUGUGUUUGUUUUAGUGUCUGUCCGAGUCAAUGCUUGUGUCUGCGUGCAUGUUUGUCUGUGUCUGUCGAGUCACGAGUGUGUAUUUGUGUGUGUGUGUGUUGGCUAAUUGAAGUUAAAAUGGUCAGGCCGGCUCCCCAGUGUGCUGAUCAGCGUGCAGCUGAAGCCUGGGAGAGACCUUUUGUUCUCUCACUUCCUCCAUAGAGAACACUCACAGAAACUAACCGCUGCUCUCUGGCAACACAGCGUCUGUAUCUCAAAUGGCAUCCUAUUCCCUAUUAUAGUACCUACGGCCCUGGUCAAAGGUAGUGCACUAUGAAGGAAAAAGGGUGCCAUUUAGGAUGUACUCGAGCUAUUUAUGACCAGCAGGGUCACAGAAUGUGUUCCUCUCAUUAAAUUCAAUAGCAUUUCAAAAUGUUCAAGUUCCACAGUUCAAACAACUUGCUCCCAUGUUUGUUUGCGACUGUCGUUCCGUGACUUGUAUGAAUACACGUAUGAAUCCAUUUCCAGGAGAGAAGGUUUAUCCAUGACCAUCGCUGCUCCUCCUAAGGUCGGGCUAAUUUACCGGUUGUGUCUCUGCAACAGAGCCGAGCUCUGAUGCUUAGCAGGUUUAGUUUUUUUGUAGUUGAUCUGGCAUCACUUUGCUGCCUCCAAAUUCAGGCUACAUCACAAACGGUGCCCACUUCCCCAUAUAGUGCGCUACUUUUGACCAGGGCCCCAUAGGGCUGUGGUCAAAAUUAGUGCAUUAUGUAGGGAAUGGGGUGCCUUUUCUGCCGUUGACUUACACCGGCACUAAUUGGUCUUUUGACCAAUCACAUCAGAUCUUUUUUCAGAGCUGAUCUGAUUGGUCAGAAGACCAAUUAGUGAAAAAUAUAUAUCAGAAUCGGACUGCCUGUAAACGCAGCCAAUAUGCCUGUCCUGUAUCUCCUAAUGGUCACAUUCAUAAUUUUGAUAGGAGUACGUGAUCGCUCUGAUCAAAGCAGACUCUGACAUGGUUCCUCCUCCCUCCACCACGUGGCUGUCUUAUUUGUCCUUAAAAGGCGCUGAAAUCUCUGCUGCCGUAUACAAUUCAAUUCCACACCCAAUUAGGCUCGAUCUGCAUCAGUUCUACAAUACGAUAAUAUGAAUGUUGCAGGAGUUUAUCCUUCUGUAUUCUUUGUUUCAAAGAAUGUUGUGCCAUUUGUUAAUAGCAAAGAGAAAUAUUGAACAUAUAUUAAAAAGAAGAGCUAUUUUAAAUUAUUUUUUGGCUUUUUUUGCAAUAUUUAUUUUCUUGUAUUAGAGUCUUUGUAGGAGGAAAAACAAAAAAUGUAUUUUUCAUUAGUGCAAAAAACUAUUUUUUUCCUUUUUGUACACUUUCAAUGUUAAGCAAAACGUUAAAAAGCAAUAUUAUGAUGUUCCAUGUGACUGUAUCUGCAUGCUGUUUGUGUUGCCUUAAAGACGGCUGCGUCCACUAUGACCCCCCCCUCCCCUCCUCCCCCCGGCACUAUGGUGUGGUUGACCAGUGUAGUCAAUAAAGCAGUGCUUUCUGUGUA